AUGGCGGACUACAGCAAGAAGACCAACGCCGAUCUGGUCGAGAUUCUCAAGUCUCGAUCCCUCCCUCACACCGGCAAGAAGGCCGACCUCGUUGCCCGCCUCCAGCAGGACGACGAGCAGAAGGCCUCUGGCCCAGCCGCAGCCACCUCGACCGUCGCUGAGGAUGUCAUCGACUGGGACGAUGAGCCCACCGAGCCACCCAUUCAGCCCGCCACCGAGGCUGGCGCAAACGCCAUUGCUGCGGGCGGCAAGGGCGAGGUCGCCAACCCCGUCGCCGUGCCCAAUCAGAAGCUCGACACCGAUCCCGCAACCACAGAUGAUCUGAAGGUCGAAUCGACCGAGGCAGCCGGGGCCGCGGCCGCGGCUGCGGCAGCAACAGAAGCAGCGGCCGCAACAGCGACCGAGACUAAGGCCCCCGUGGAUUUCACCUCUGGUCUGCCCGCCUCGGAGCUGGAGGCCGAGUUAGCCAAGCGCAAGAAGCGUGCUGAGAAGUUUGGCAUUCAGGAGGACGCAGAGACGGCUUUGAAAGAGGCUGAGAAGAGCCUGCAGCGCGCAAAGCGUUUUGGCAACGAGCAAGCUGGCGCGGCCACCGGUGCUGGUGCCCUGAAGGGUCUCGAUGAGCCUCUGCCGAGCGAGCCUACCCGCAAACGGGGUCGCAACGAGCAGGGUGGCCGUGGAGGGAAGCGUCGCGAUAUGGGCCGAAACCGCCAUGGUCGGGGACAUGGAAAACAGAACCGCAACGGCGGUGGGAACGGCGUGUCUAAGCCGCAGUCCAAUGGUUUAACUGCACAGCAGAAGAAUUGGAGCGAGAAGGACGUGGCGGCUUUGGAGGCACGCAAGAAGCGAUUUGCUGUGGCUUAA